AAAACAUCCAAAAUGGACCUCUCAAGUGGGGGUCCGUCAUCUUCAAGCGAUGUAGCUUCAGAAUUGGAUAAUUCGGAUGCAAUGCAACUGGUUAGACAGGCAGUAUUAUUCGAGAACGUGGAGCUGCUGGCCGACUUGUUCAAAGUGAAUCCUUGGGUAUGGAAUCGGGUUGAUCGACAUGGAAGGACACCGUUAAUGUUAGCUGCUCAUAAUGGGAAGCUGGAUAGUUUGAGGACUAUUUUAAUGCUUAGUCCUAAUUCUCUAAAUCUUGUGAACGAUCGUGGUAAGACCGCACUUCAUAUGGCAGCCGAAUCAGGUGAAACUUCGAUUGUUUUGGAGCUUGUCGAACUGGGCUCCGAUCCAAUGAAAUCUGAUAAUGAAGGACAUUGUGCAUUGGAGUUAGCUCAAAUGGCUGGACAUAAUGAGGUUGCCGCAAAGCUUAUUGAUGCUAUUCAAAAAGAAAGUGAAGAUCUAAAUGAAGCCCACACAAUGAUCAUCAGUGCAUGCAUAUCUGGAAGUGCUGACGUUGUUUAUGAAAUUUCAAGGAGAUUUAUGGAAAAAAAACAAAGCCGCGAAAUAUUAUUCAACGGUCGAAAUGAAGAGGAUGAGACUGCACUCUUGAUUGCCUGCACAAACGGUCAUAUCGAAAUCGUCCGUCACUUAUUACAAUUCGAAGAGCAUCUUCUACAAAGCCACGUAUCCAAGGAUACAGUAAUCCAUGCGGCAGUGUCGUCACAGAAUGUGGAAGUGUUGCAGCUGUGUUUGGAGAAAUUCCCUCAACUCGUCAAAUCUACCAACAACGAGGGCUCUACGUGUCUACAUUGGGCCGCCCGUUGUGGAUCUUCGGAAUGUGUUUCCACAAUUCUAAACUUUCCAUUCCCAUCUGAAUUUAUAAUCGAAAUCGACACAGUUGGAGCACCAGCUUAUCAGCUUGCUCUAGACGUGAAUGAAGUUGACGGAGAGUGUCGAACGGCAAUGUAUCUAGCGGUUGCCGAAGGACAUUUGGAAGUUGUCAAGGCGAUGACUGAUUUCAAAUGCACAUCAAUCGACGGAAGACAACGUUGCCCGUUUCAACUUGACGUCUACUGUACUCGAGGACGAACACCAUUCAUGUUGGCCGCUUUUAAUCAGAAUCUUCCAUUGAUGACGCUUCUUCUCGACGCUGGUGCAGAUGUCAACUUGCCGCUGGCAGUCUUGGACACAGAGUACAGCGUAGAAGAAGGUCGAUGCAUUGGCUCGGGUGCUCUCGUUGAAGCUGUACGAUCUGAUGGACUACACAUUGUGCACUUUCUGUUAGACCGUGGAGCUCUGGACACUGAUAACAAGGCUCUUCGACUUGCUGCUCAGGGGAAGAACGAGAAGCUCAUUCGGGUUUUUCUGGUUCGCCUGGUUUUUGCGGACCCUGAAUAUAAGAUCAAUAAGAAAAACAUUGAUGUAGGUCAGAUUCAAGUUGGUCAGAGUCUGCUACCAAGUUCACUGUGCCCAUCAAAAGCCGCCCAACUGAAUUGGAAUUCAGCCAAUUUGGAGCAACUUCAAUCGGAUUGGUUUGUGGCGGCAGCUCUACACGUGAACCCGAGACUCCGAACAACGAGGUUAUCACUGGCAGCAAUCACUCGGGUCGAUUUAUCGGACAAUCGUCUCAACACAUUCCCAAGUAUUCUAUUCCAAAUGCCAUCGCUCAGAUCUCUAAAUCUAGCUGAUAAUAGUAUACGUAAAAUUGAAAUUCCAACUUAUUACAUUAGUUCAACAUCGCUAGAGAUUCUCAAUUUACGGAAUAAUCAACUCGAGUGUAUAGCCAUUCAAUUUCUAUCAUCUCUUCCACAAUUGCAACAAUUGGAUGUAUCGAAGAACGAGUUGAGCCAACUUCCCGAGUAUAUAUGGUUGUGUCCAGCGUUGAAAGAGCUCAAUGCAUCCUAUAAUAGACUGAGCACACUUCCGAUGGUUGCAAGAGCAUCAAGAGGAGAGAGACCACGACUCAAUAAUUCUAACAACAAUUUCAACACCCAAUCUCCAACACAAGAAUCGAAUCCAAUCGUCGUUGAUGAUCCUCCGAAUGUCACUUCAAACCCUCUGCGUCGCCAAAAUGUGUGGCAAGCGAGUAUCAAUUUGUCAAAAGUCGACGACGAUUCCCUGUUCCCCGACUUCCCGGUCACUUCCAGUAACACAUUGACGACGAUAAAUCUAUCUUUCAAUAAAUUCCACACAUUCCCAUUCUGCCUGGCAUGCACAUGUCCCCGGCUUCUGAUUCUAAACAUGUCAAACAACUCAAUGACGUCACUUCCACCUAUGGCUUGUGUACCUGCGCAUCUGAGGACGUUGGAUCUGUCUUACAAUAAGAUACAAGAAAGUUUCAUCGAAGCUUCACCUCUCCACGUGGUCUGUCACGCGGUCCCACCGACAACGUCUAAUGGCUCAAUGCUCCCAAAGCGAAGAAAUUCUCCAGCUCGGCAACAUAGAAGUCGUUCGAAGUCUGCAGUUAGAUCACAGAGAAGUCUCAGUGUUUCUCGCCAUCAUGCGCUAAUUGAUCCACAAAAAGAAGAAGAAAGUUGUGUUCAUAAGCGUCACGAUUCAUUAGAAUGGCUCAAGACACUACAAUUGGCUGGAAAUCGACUCCGAUCAAUUUCAGUGACAAAUGCAGCUUCAAAAGUUCUCCUUCCAGCUCUGAACGUGAUGGAUAUCAGUGACAACAAAUUGCUACAAGCACCACCGGAUGUUGCACGGCUCACACUUCUUUCAAUGCUCAACUUAUCAGGAAAUACUGCAAUUAAAGAACUACCACCAGAUUAUGGAAUGCUCUCUCGUCUUUGGAGUCUAUCUUUGAAAGGAUGCUCACUGAAAGAACCACUUGAAUCAAUGGUUAAUGUGGAGAACUGCAAGACAGUGGAAAUUGUGGCGUAUUUGAAGACAAUUCUAGAAGAAUCCAAGACAUACCAUCAUUUGAGAUUAAUGAUUUUGGGAAGUGAUGGCGUUGGAAAAUCUGUUAUUUGGGAUGCACUGUGCAAGGAAGCAGUACAGAAACGGCAGCCUAUUCACUCGGAAACUGGUGUUAUUCGGCAAGCUGAAUGGAAGUUCGAAGCGAAACGAUCUAAAGGCGAUAAGAAUCUUGGGCCUGUCGGAUUUUCUGUAAUCGACUUUGGAGGUCAACGAGAAUAUCAUUCCACUCAUCAAUAUUUCCUGAGCAAACGAUCCUUGAACUUGGUUCUUUGGAAGAUCACAGACGGGGAUGAAGCACUGGCGCAGCUUGAUACUUGGCUAGUUAAUAUCCAUGCAAGAGCGCCAAACUCGACAGUAAUACUAGUGGGAACCAAUUUGGAUCAAGUGGCAUCGAAUAGUUCGAAAUUUGGACCUGGAUACAUAGACAUCAUGGAGCAAAAAGUGCGGACCCGUUAUAUGGUUGCAGAUGCGGAUAAGUCAGGAUUGCCACGUAUUGUUGAUGUAAUUUUGAUCAAUUCAACGUCAAGAAAUGAUGUAAAAGCACUGCUAAACACAAUAUAUAGAACUGCGUGGGAAGUACGAAUGGGAAAAGAAAGAGCUAUGGAACAACAGAUUCCAUCUUCUUACAUUGCUUUGAUGAAAGUAACAAAAGAAUUAGGCGUCGAGUUUCGGAAAGAGGGGCAGCCGGCUGUAAUGACUGUAGAGGCAUAUAGAGAAAGAGUCAAGAAAAGGAUGAUUAGCAAGUUUGGCAGACCGUUUAGGGACGACAUUGAAUUCUACGCCGCAUGCACAUUCCUUCACGAUUGUGGUGAAUUAGUUCGAUUUGAGGAUGCCACUCUUCGGGAUCUGAUUUUUGUAGAUCCGCUGUGGCUCGCCGAGUUUCUCACUUCUGUCGUCAUUCUAAGAAGCCCAAAUCUUCCAGCUGGACUUCUUUCAACAGACGCUAUAAAUCCGCAUACUCGUUCAUUCAAAUCAGGAGCACUUUUAAUGCUCAAAACACAGCUUUUGGAUCUUCUUCACAAAUUCGAAUUGGCACUUGCUACCCAGCCUCGACAGCUUCUGAUUCCAAGCCUGCUACCAGAUGAGUACAGGCUACGAUCUGAUUUCUUAGCAUCUGCAGUUAAAAUCCGAAUGAAAAUGUCACAGUGGAAUGUCAGAUGUCCAAGUCCCGCUGGAUCACCGACCAAAUCCCCACUCCGUCGAACAUCACCUACGGAUCAGAACGGUGUUGGAUCAGAGGAUGUUAUGCUUCAAUUCACUUAUGACGAUGAUCAAUUGUUAAGAAGGAUUUAUGCGUUGGCUUAUAUACCUUCAGGAUUUUGGAGUCGCCUAGUGACUCGUAUAGUUGGAGAUAAAAACGUGUGUGCAGCAAUUGAAAGUAUUUUCAUGACAACAAGUGCGGAUCGAGCAAAGAUUGCAGAUAUAGCCACUAAGCAUGCAAAAGCUGAAUGGGUUGUGUGGCAAACUGGAAUAGAGCUUCAUGUUAAAGGACAUUCACUUUUCACUCUGAAACAGUUUCUACCGUUGGCAGAGGUUAGAGACAUUGACUACAGCGCCAUAGACAUGCGCGCAAAGGAUGAACAAAAACGAUGGAGGACAUGGAAUCAACCUUCACACCGCCCAAUUGUCGAAAUGGUUGUUAACUCAUUGAGCAUUUCAGCAGCUUCACAACACGGAAGAAAACUUUCAAUGAAAACAGAUGUGGAAGGAAGAAGCCGAUUAUUGGCAAUGAUAUCAGAUUUAUUGGACACGUUACUCGAAGACUGGUAUCCGGCUCUUGGAACUCGAUUUGUUCACAGUUCGGAAGGCGACUUGCUUGUUUCACGAUAUGUGCUUUGUCCGCAGUGUGUCAGGGAUGCUGAGAGAAAUGGCUCACGGAGCCGAACUUCUUCUUCAGCGUCACACCGAAGAUCACAGGAUGACGGAGAGCUUCCAAUAACCAGCAGCUCUCACAUGAAAGGUUCUCGAACAACAGGAGACAUUUCAAAAUGUCGCGGAGGAGUUGUUCACUGUUUCGUUAUUGAGGAAUGUAUGCUGGCUGGAAGAGAGUACAACUGGGUAGAAUGCCCAUCUCAUGGUGGUCUUCAUAUGAGAGAACUUGCACCGGAUACUGUAUUUGCUGAUAUCGAAAAUGCUUUGACAAUUCACCCGGAUCAGUUAAAACGAAGCAGAAUGCUCGGAAGAGGAGCGUUUGGUUUCGUUUUUCGGGCUACAGUAAGACAACCAAAUGGAGAACUUUGUGAAGUUGCUCAGAAAAUGUUGGAGCCUGUAGACCCAGGGCCUGGAGGCAGGCCUUCGGCUCUCGCAGCUUAUAAGGCAGCAGCAGACAAAUGGAAGAGGGAUAGUAUGGAAUUUGCGUGUAGAGCAUACUGUACUUCAAGACAAGAGCUCAGUUUAUUGAGUAGGAUGAAACAUCCAAAUGUUAUUGGACUAGUUGGAGUUUGCACUUUUCCAUUGUCUCUUGUUGUAGAGCUUGCACCUCUCGGAGCACUUAACCAGCUGCUGGGAUCUCAUCGAAAAGCUGGAACUAAGCUCUCACUUGGAGUUAUCAAAGAGUCUGCAGUUCAAGUUGCUCGAGCACUGGAAUAUCUUCAUUCUGCACAUAUUAUCUACAGAGAUCUCAAGUCGGAAAAUGUACUUGGAUGGAGAUUUCCUGCUCCAUUCAGUCCACAGACUGAUGUUCUAUUGAAACUUGGAGAUUACGGGAUAUCAAGAAGUGUACUUCCAUCAGGUGGAGCAAAGGGAUUCGGAGGAACGGAAGGAUUUAUGGCUCCAGAAAUUGUAAGGUUCAAUGGAGAAGAGGAAUAUACACAAAAAGUGGAUUGCUUUUCGUUUGGAAUGUUCCUCUAUGAACUUCUCACUCUGAAAUUCCCAUUCGAAAGUGAAGAGCAUGUGAAAGAAAGAAUGCUCGACGGAGCCCGUCCCGUACUUUUACCGCACGAGCUUCUCCUUCCAACUCCAAUGCUGGAUCUUCUCGUUCACUGCUGGUCGGCUCAUCCAGAAUCCCGACCUUCGUCGUCUCAACUAGUCGGAUUCUGUGCAGCUCCAGAAUUCACACAUCUUCUUGAUGUUUGUGAACUUGGAGAAGCUCUACCACCAACUCAGCUGAUGGCAGUAGGAAUAACGGACGAAAUUGAUGAUCCGGAUGACUUUGAAGCUCAACUUUGGCUCAGUGGACGGGAAAUGGUAGUCAUGGGAUGCACACAAUACGGAUUUGUUGACCAAAAAUCGAUUGAGUUACCUCAUCGAGGCAAGUAUGUGAGCAAGGUUCGAGAUUCUGUGUGGUCUUGCGACGAAUGUGGACAGGUUACUGUAUAUGGAAUAUCUCUACAUGAAACCGGGCACUUGCAGUUGCCAUCACUUAAUGGAACUUUGAUUUGUGCACCUGAACUGAUAAGCAACGACGUGCUUAUACUAAUUUCUGAUAAACAAAUUGUGCUUUUGAAGCUUUCCGAAUCAAAUUCCGUAUCCCAUCUUGGAACAAUCGAUUCACCGUAUGAAAUUCGGACAGCCACAUUCCUGGGCAAUGGUUCAACCCGUCAAAUAUGGGCGGGACAUUCAGAAGGACGAAUUUCAAUUCAUCAUAUAGCUUCGAACGAUUCUUUCAGCUUCUCGUCAAGUCUUUAUCUUCCAGAUGAUAAGUGUAUUGUCAGACAGUUAGUUGGCUCGAAAGAUGCACAAAAAGUGUGGAUCGCAUUAGAGAAAAGCUCGAAAGUUCAAAUGGUUGAAGUGGAAAAACGACAAGUGACUGGAUCACUGGAUAUUCGAAAAGUGAUGCCUGGAAGUGAAACAAUUCAUACAAUUGAUAUGGAAAUGGCCAGUCAGAAUUAUGUUACAUGUAUUGGUUUAUUGGAAAGAAAUGACGGAGAUCAACUGUACAUUGGAACUUCCAAAGGGCUGCUAGUCAUAGCUCACGCUACUACACUUCAACCAUUGUCAGCAUGCCGUCCAUUUGAAGGAGACAUCACAUCAAUUUGUAUAUUGGAAGAACCAUCCCGUGAAGAAGAAAAUACACGUGGAAAGGCUACCACAUUGAGCACAGCUUCAUCAGAAAGUGGUCUUGGAUGGGUACGGGAAAGAGUCAGCGAAACUGUUGAUAGAUUCCGCUCGAGCCCAGCUACAGUAGAAACUCAGGGAGCCGCUCUUGUUGUGUGCAUUGGACGACAAUUCAGAAGCCUUUCACAUCGUUUCGUGGCUGAGGAGAAGCUUGCCGACGUCUAUUCCAUUGCUGUCUGGAGGACCGAGGAAUGGGCUCUGUGAUAAUUUCAAAUAAUUCCAUUUUUGCAUGGUCUAAUAGUUCUGAUCUCUCUACUUUUAAUCAUUUUGAGGCAUUUUAUAUUAUUUCUAGUCUACUCAUUUCUUUUCUUUUUCUCACUAAUUCUCGUCCAGAUUGAUGACAGGUUUCUUGUUGCAUUUUCUCGCCUUUUCUUGCAAAAAUCAUAAAAAAUCAUUCAC